GCGACUUUGACCCUGUGCCACCCACCAUCACCUUUACCAUCUGAGACGACAACAACAUCGACGACGACGAAGAUGAAAUCAAGUAAAGCAGACUCUGAGUCCACGGCACUCAGCGGAUUACAACAGGUGUUUCGUACAAUGACGUUCGAUGCUCAAAAGCAGUUUCUAGAGAACGAGUUGCGGGAUAUUCUUUCAGAGGGUGACUACGAGAAGCUAACUCAGUGUUUAUCCCGUCCAAAGAGCAAAGCCGAAGGUCACUCACCUUACCUCGGCCUCCGAAGGAAAAAGGCAGAAAUCAACGUUCUUCUUGUUGAUCUCAAAUCUCCCUCGCCUGUCUCUUCGUUUCAUGCGAAGAGAGAUAUAUUGGAAGAGGUUAUCGUUAGUCUCACGAAUUGGUUCGAAGAGAUCUGGCAAACGGUAUACGAGUGGAAGUCAGGCUUUGAAGACGCUCACAGGUGUUUACUGUAUGCUCGGGAUGUCUUGGAGAAAAUCAGGCAGCUGGAUCUAGACUCGACUGGGGUUAGCGGCAUAAGCUGCCGAUGUACAGUAAUGUCCUAUCCGUUAACCUUUAACAUCAAGAACAACAAAGGCAAGAUCAUCAAGAACUUCAGCGGAAAAUCAAUGAACAUUAGAAACGCGGAUAAGAUUCUUUUGUGGUUGUGGCGAGAGUUGUUUGUAUCUCUUUCGGUAGCGAGGAGCAAGUCGGACUCCGAUAUACCCGUUGUCAAGAAGCAGAUUAUGAACAUGCUGCUGGAUGUUGAAGAGGCCAUGGGCGGACCGAACGUGUUGGAGAGGAUUCUUCAUGGUGGCGGCAGUGACCAGAUUGAAGACGAAGCUUUUAAUCCGUUCGAAGAGGACGAGUGGCAGGAUGAAAGUGAUGACGAAGACGAUGAGGAUCUUGAAGACGACGAAGAUGAGGACGACCUGGACGAUGAUAGUGAUACUUCCUCUUACGACGGCGAUUACGACCCCUGUGACUGUUCUCUCCAUGCCUCACACUGGUCCAAUAGGUUUAACCAUCAACGAUUGAUCCUUCGUGACGCCAUUCACGACCGUCUUGUCGAAAUCUUCUCGGUCUCCCCAUCCCUAGAGCUGUAUCGCAUCGUCGUUUCGAUCUCUCCAGAACUCCCUAACAAAUCAGGGAAAGAUUUACUGGAAACCCUGUCCAAAAUUGCUUGUGCGUCUUCCUCGACUUUUGCUGCAGCCUUGGAGAUAUAUGGCUCGUUGGGAGAAGUCCACAAAGUCAUGGGUUUACUUGAAACACAUACACACCUUUUGCGACCAUGCGACACGAAUGCCUACCAAAUUGCUACGAGGGCGUUGGCUGCUUCUUCUAUAACUGGUCUUCCUUCCGCUUUCCCCACUGGAGAACCAAAUAAUGAUAUAAACAGGAAGGCCGACCCCAACUGUAAACAAUUACUCGCGCUCAAAAUCGUCGAAACACAGCUCCAGGAGCUAACUCAUACGAUCCAUCUUGGUGUUCUGUCAUGUUUUCACAAAAUUCAAGAUCCCACAAAACUACAUGAGUUGAAGGAGAUAAGUCGUUUACCCUACAAUUCGGCACGACGUGCUUCAAGAGUCGAGGAAUGGGUGGAAACGAUUGAGACGCCGCCAUCUGGAGGGGGUGGGAUGAACCCAAUGACUUUUGCUGCGUUCGUCAUGGGAAUGGGAGGUUUGGGUUUGCCUUUUGGAGGUAUGGGAGGUAUGGGAGAGGACGAAGAUGAGGAUGCGGACCUUGUCACUUUGUUGGAUCAGCUGGACAGUCGCGAAGGGGGCGAGGACUAUAUGUAUUUGAAGGAGGAAUAUUCGCCGGAUUGGGCUGACAGAUUCGAAGGAUGGAUAGACAUUGCCGGUGUGUCGGGGUUGAACAAGAUUGUUUUUCAAACGUCUGGAUCCGGCAGUGGUGCUGAUGCUGGUGCUAGUGGGAGUACCACCACUGUAAUUGGUGGUCAGGCAUUGUUGCAGAGCUUGUAUGUGAAGAUGGUGGAAGACAUGCCGUGGUUGAAGGCGAAAGAUAUUGUAGAUGAAUUGAUUUCUCGUCUCCGUGAUCGACCCGCCAAAGCUCAUAUAUUGGCAGCGUUGGAAGCCUUGGGCCGCUUUGCAAAGUUGCAACGAAGCAACAUCACGGUCAAAACGGAGAAGAAGAAGCGGAAUGAACAGAAGCACAAACAGCAAUCGGGGUCUUCAUCUACCGUUAAUGGCGUCCCAAUCACAGCUUUCGGUGGGCAUCAGUUCACCUUUGGGACCAUAGGUGCAACUUCUACGUCAUCUGGUUUCAUGCACGCGAUACAUACUAUUGGCGGAUUGGAUGAUGUUGAUUGAAUUUUUCUUCAGAAGCGCAACCAACCUCGAUGAUGAACCCCCAGAGAUUACAAUGGUGAUACACUGAUGUACAUUUGACUAUUCGGUCCUUUCGAAUUAUGAUAAUGUUGCAAUUUACACAUCCACAUCCUUGAAAGCCGUUUUGAAAACGUCGUAGUUCCCAUAGCCGUUGUCUGGAUGGCUGUAGACCGCAAAUGUGACGUUUCGGAACCAACCGUUGAAUUCCUUUUCGAGAAGGAUGGACAUCAUCUCUUUAGCAACUUGUUGCGGAGGACAUCCAUAUGCACCACAUCCUAUUGCACCUACAAUAAUUCUCAGUCGGCAUGCAUGCCUAUGGGAAAACAGAACACACCAAGGACAACAUACUCCCUCCCAUUUCGUGCUGCCAUCCUGUAUAUUAGUCGUAUCUUCCCUCUCAAAUCGCUCAGCUGGUCCUCUCUGGCGAACCGCUUCCUAUCAUUUGUCAACUCUGGACCUCGAGGAGCGGCAACAGUGAUGACACCGACAACACAUCGGUCUUCUUCCGGCAGGUCUACGCAGCCAUGAUCUAGAUCGUCUUUGAAGACUGCGAUACCUGGUGAAAAGACUCCAGCGACGCUUCCCGGACCGGUAUUUGGCCAUGGGUAGUACCUCGGUUUCAGGGUCUUGAACAGAGUUGAAGAAUAGCAAAGGGCCUCUUCCUAAGAUAAUCAUAAUCGAGCUCUGACACCGCGAAAUGAAGCAGAACGCCCCACCUGUGUCUUGCUCAAUGUCCGAUCCCAUCUUCCACCAGGCAGCUGGUCGCUUGCUAGAUUAAGUACAGCAGUUUUACCGUUUAUUGCUUCUGGGAACCGUUUAAUGAUGUUUCUGGCGGCAGUGAACGAGUCUGAGUUGACGACUUCGACUGGGCUUGGUGGGUGAUUAGGACAUGAAGCUGGAUCGAGAGCGGGGAGUUGGCUGUCGAUGAAAGUAGAGUCUAGAGUAGCUCCUUGGUUACAAUAUUGAGCCGUUAUGGCUUCUGAGCGAGAUAUUGUGUCUUGAGAAAUUUCAUACCGCUUUGCUAGGUCUGGAGUCAUGGCAAAGCGCGGGGCCGUGAUUCUCACGUGCACCUCGAAGUUGACCUUGCCUCACCAUCUUCCGAAGUGUUACCACUAUCGUCUCAUACUCUUACGUGCGCCGCCGAACACCUCCGAACAAGGAGGGAAUAAGGACUAUAUGAAUCUGAGUUGGGGGAAUAUUUUCGCAAUAAGGAAGAAGCUCGGUCCUUUUCGGGUCUUCCGAUGGCACAGAGCAUUGUCACCGCGCCCACCAACACAUGAGAAUAGGAUUCUCAAAGUCAUGCGUUACAUGGAAAGAAACCGUGAUGGUCUCUAUUACACUGCGGGCAAAACCCCGCUCGUAAGCCAUGGCUUACGAGUUUAACUCGUUAGCCAUGCGGUGACCUGUUCGGUAACCAGUUCGGUAACCACGUCGUAAGCCAGCGCGAUUGAUGCGGAUUAGAUCAAGUUAAUUUGUAUUCAUCAUCUUCCCUAAUUAUCCACCCGUUUCAAUGAAAGGUAGUAUUUCUAACAAAGGUAGUACAAUGCUAUGAUAGAUAUAGGAAACAACGAAGUAAGUAGUAAGAGCGUAAUAUACGAGAGA